AUGAGUCAAUUGGGUAUGAUGGUUAUAGCUGUAGGUUUAUCUUCUUAUAAUAUAGCUUUAUUUCAUUUAGUUAAUCACGCUUUUUAUAAAGCACUUUUAUUCUUAGGAGCUGGAGCAGUAAUUCAUGCUGUAGCUGAUAACCAAGACUUUAGAAGAUAUGGGGGAUUAAGGCCAUUUUUACCACUUACUUAUUCUGUAAUGCUUAUAGCUUCUUUAAGCUUAGUAGCAUUCCCAUUUAUGACAGGAUUCUAUUCAAAAGAUUUUAUACUUGAAUCUGCUUACGCUACUAUAGGAGCAAUGUUUACAACAUUAUAUUCUGUAAAAGUGUUGUAUUUAACAUUCUUAACUAACCCUAAUGGACCCUUAAUCAAUUAUAAACAAGCACAUGAAGGUGAUAUAUUUAUGAGCUUACCUUUAAUGAUUUUAGCUAUAUAUUACUGGUAUAAUACUAAUAAUGGGUGGACAGACUACUAA